UGUGUUUUGUUUACAAAAAUGUCGCGCAAGAAAUGGACUUCUCUGGACAAACCGCGCAUCUCAGAAGCCGUGCUGGAGGUUAUUCAAAGCUUUGGCUUUCGGGAUAUGACGCCAGUGCAGACGGCGACCAUUCCCCUGCUGCUGGCUCUCAAAGAUGUCUCCGCGGAGGCCGUCACGGGCAGCGGCAAGACGUUGGCGUUUCUGGUUCCAUUGCUGGAGAUUCUGCAGAGACGACACAGGGAGCGACCCUGGGGCCCUAAGGAGAUCGGUGCACUGAUCAUCUCACCCACAAGAGAGUUGGCGCGACAGAUAUCCGAGGUGCUGGCACAGUUUCUGGCCCACGAGGAACUGGAGCACUUGAACCAGCAGUUGAUUGUGGGCGGCAACAGCAUUGAGGAGGAUAUUGCGACACUGAGGAAGGAGACACCCUGCAUACUGGUGUGCACGCCGGGCCGCCUGGAGGAUUUGUUUCAGCGCAAAGGAGAUGACCUCAAUCUGGCAUUGCGCGUCAAAAGUCUGGAGUUUUUGGUGCUGGACGAGGCGGAUCGCUUGCUGGACCUGGGCUUCAAGACGAGCGUCAACAAUAUACUGGGCUACCUGCCCCGACAGCGACGAACGGGCCUCUUUUCGGCCACCCAGACCACCGAGGUGACAGACCUCAUCCGUGCUGGCCUACGCAAUCCCGUGCUGGUCUCUGUGAAGGAAAAGGCCUCGGUGAACACGCCAGCCAGGCUGCAGAACUUCUACAGAAUCGUCGAGCCUGAGCAAAAGUUCGUGGCGCUGCUGCAGUUCCUAUCCUCGCCGGCCACACGCACUGGCAAGGUAAUGGUCUUCUUUCCCACCUGCGCCUGCGUGGAGUACUGGGCGGAGGCCUUGCCCCCACUGCUGCCCAAGCGCACUGUCCUCGGCAUCCACGGCAAGAUGAAGAACAAGCGAGCCAUCGUCGUGGAGAAGUUCCGCAACGAGCCGGAGUCCGUGCUGCUCUGCACCGAUGUUCUGGCCCGCGGCUUGGAUGUGCCCGAGAUCGAGUGGGUGGUGCAGUGGGAUCCGCCCUCGAAUGCUUCCAGCUUUGUGCAUCGCGUGGGACGUACUGCUCGCCAGGGCAACGAUGGCAAUGCCCUGGUCUUUCUGCUGCCCAGCGAGGAUGCGUAUAUCCACUUUCUGAAGAUCAACCAAAAGGUGGAACUCAAUGAGCUGCCCAACGACGAGGCUGGCCCCACGGACACGCAACUUCCGAGCGUUCUGGAGCAGCUGCAUCGACAGCAGAGGGCGGACAAGGGUGUCUACGACAAGGGGAUGCGCGCAUUUGUCUCCCAUGUUCGGGCCUACACCAAGCACGAGUGCAGCGCCAUUUUGCGACUGAAAGAUCUGGAUCUGGGCAAGAUGGCCACCGCCUACGGACUGCUGCAACUGCCGCGCAUGCCGGAGUUAAAGAACUACACCGGAGAUGGCUUCAUAGCGCCCAGCGCUGAGGUGGAUCUUACCAAGCUCACCUACAAGAAUGCCCAGAAGGAACAGGUGCGCCAGCAGAAACAACAGACGUACGAGCAGACGGGCAGCUGGCCGGGCCAGAAGCUGCACAAGAAGCGCACCGAGUCCUGGGAUAAUACAAAAAAAGCCAAACUGGAUGCCAAGUCAAAGAAGGAGCUGCGCAAGGCGAAGAAGCAACGCAAGCGGGAGGCAGAGUUGGCCGAAGGAGCACCAGGACAGCGCAAAAGGAAGCAGCAAUACAGCCAGGAAGAUCUGGAUGAGCUGGCCAGUGAUAUUCGGCUCUUCAAGAGGCUGAAAAAGAACAAAAUCAGCGAAGAGGAAUACGACGAGGCGAUGGGCAUUGAAAAGGAUGAUUAAGGGG